UUUUUUCCGUUGUUGACCUCAAACACCUUUGUAAAACAAACAAACAAACAACCAUGACAGGAGGUGGUCCUGACUUAUAAGAGCAAUGCCAUGAUAUUGAUGCUCAGUUUCACAGACGCAGAGUGAACAGGCAAGACGAAGGAUAAACCAUCAGUUUGCAUCCAUCACCAAACUUAACAGCGACAUGUUUCUGUUGAAUGUUUGCAUCUGUGCAAGCCUCAUGCUGUCCCUCCCUCAGUGUACGUAUCAAUCAUGCAUAGACGGGACACCUAAACAAUGUGUGGACGCAGAAUUUGCUCCAGGUACCAAUUUGGCCGGGGAAGGCUUCGACAUCACCAAAAUGGAACGUAAGGGGGCCUUUGUGCUCGACAUGAAUAAGUGGAAACGCAAAGACAAGACAUGCAUGCUGUGUAGCAACCCCUAUAUGGAGAACAAAAAGCAAAAGGUCCCCUUGUCAGUGGUGGACUGGAGGCCAAACUACUCCUGCAGCAUGAAAGUGGUCAGUAAUCUCCACCGAUCCAGUGAGUCCCUGGUCAGUUCCAGCACCUCUUCUGUGGAUAACAACUGGAAGGUCAAUCUAAACUUUAAUGUGGGUGCAAAAGGCGGCUCACUAAUGUUAGCUGGUACAAAUUCUAAACUGGCUGAAUAUUCUAUGGGAAAAACUAAGAAUGACAAGUUCAGUUUCACAAGCCAAAGCAUAUCCUGUGAGUACUACAGUUAUCGAGUGUCCGGCACACCCAAGUUGCACCAAGAAUUUCGCAAAGCAGUGAAACAGCUCCCUAAAAUCUACAGCCCUGAAAGCAAGCAACGAUUUUACAAACUGAUCGACAACUUCGGCACCCAUUACAUCACAAAGGUGAAACUGGGAGGAAGUGUUCAGUCUGUGACCAGCAUCAGGCAGUGCCAGGCCAGCCUCCAGGGGCUCAGCGUGGAGGAGGUGCAGAUGUGCCUGGAUGCUGAGGCCUCAGCCAGCAUCAAAGCUGAAAUUAAAACUGAAGUAAAACACUGCCAGAAGGACAUUAACAAGAUGGAAAGUAAGACAUCCUUCUCCGGACUCUUCAACGACAGGUUCACAGAAAUAAGGGGGGGACAUACAUCAGAGCCAGACCUUCUCUUCUCUGCUGACAAAGAUCCAUCCGCCUACAAGGAAUGGCUGACCACACUUCCACAGAAUCCAGACAUAUUUGAAUAUUCACUAGACUCACUUCAUGAGUUACUGCCUACCAACACCCCUACCCGGAAGAACCUGCAGUCUGCCAUUAGCCAUUACAUUCUGGAAAAAGGCCUGUGGAAGAACUGCAGUGACCGCUGUCAGGCCGGCAUCAAGAGCGACUCGAAGGAUCCCUGCGUCUGCCAAUGUCACAAUGACCCAGCUGUAAACCAAGACUGCUGCCCGACCCGUAAGGGCAUGGCACGGGUCAUCAUAACUGUACAACGGGCUUCGGAUCUUUGGGGAGAUCACACCACAGCCACAGAUGGCUACGUGAAGGUGUCCUUCAAUGGGAUGAUGCGCAUGCGUACUCCUGUCAUUUACAACAACAACAACCCACACUGGGCCAUGACUGUCGACCUGGGCACGCAGGAUUUAUCAGCGGGCAAUAAAGUGAGAUUUGAAGUUUGGGAUCAGGACAACACCUGGGACGAUGACCUUUUGGGCGCAUGUCAGCAAGAUCUGUCUGCUGGAGUCAAGGAGGAUCUCUGCGUUCUGCAGCACGGCAGACUGUUCUUCAAAUGGGAAGUGAAAUGUGGUCCACAUCUGAGUGGAGGUUUAUGCACAGACUACGAACGUUCGCCUAUGAGUCAAAGUCUGAAGAAGUUGUACGUGUCCCGUCAUGCCCACCCGAUUCCAAAGGCCAUCCUGUUAGAGAUGGGUGUGUUUGUGGAUGAAGCAAGCUCACAGAGAAACCAGAGCCUUAGUGCAGCGAGUCAAAAGGUUGAUGUGAUAUAAAACCCAUGAGGGUGUUUUUACUGAAGCUUACAUGGCAGCAUUACUUAAUUACAAAGCAGCUUAAAUAUGGAAAAUGUCCCUAAUAUUUGGUGUGAUCAGUUUUUGUUUCAGCAGUUGCAGUUUGCAGUUUCUGUACACACUGAAUGAUUUGUGUUUGACAGUGGACUAUUGUUAAUGUAGCACAGCAAAGUAUAUUCAAUGCAGCUUUUACUUAUUUCUGCCUUAUAUUUUAUAUACCGCUUUAUUUGCUGAUUUUAAAAGAACAUGUUGACAGAUUUUACAUAUUGUGCAAUCAGUUUGUAGCACUUUUAUGUACACAUACAUUUAUAUUAUCUGCAUGUGUUAUAUGUAUCACAAUCAGGUCAUUGUUUGGUGUUUGGUUUGGAAUAAAAGCAUAGUGUCCAA